GUUUUUUGAACUCUGCAUUUCCAAGGCAAUUGUCUGUUAGAGCUGAAUGUUUCAAAAUUACCUCCAAUAUGUCACCAUUGUGUGUUCCUUUACAUAUUCCAGGGAGGUAGGAAGAAACUCCAGGCACAUGUUCCUUCUUUGACUGAUGGGUAGGACCAGGCUAGUUUCCCUUCUUCCUGGGAGCCAUGGGGUAUAACCUCCCAAUGGCCUUUCAUCUUCUGACCAUCAUCAACUCGGCAUUCCUGACAUGACUCAUGCACUCAGCAGAUGAUAAGAGGACGACUUUGUGAUGAGACCAAACCUGAAACUUUUAACCAGCUGUGGACUAUAGAAGAACAGAAAAAACUUGAACAAUUACUCUUGAAAUACCCACCAGAAGAAGUAGAAUCUCGACGAUGGCAGAAGAUUGCUGAUGAACUGGGAAACAGAACUGCAAAGCAGGUUGCCAGCAGAGUGCAAAAGUAUUUCAUAAAACUGACUAAAGCUGGUAUUCCAGUUCCAGGCAGAACUCCAAACUUGUAUUUGUACUCCAAAAAGUCCUCCAAUAAACGGCAACAUCCUCUGAAUAAACAUCUCUUCAGGCCUUCAACUUUCAUGACAUCCCAUGAACCUCCUGUGUAUAUGGAUGAAGAUGAUGAUAGAUCCUGUUUUCACAGUCACAUGGCCAAUGCAGCAGAAGAGGAACCAUCGGAUGAAGAAAGUAUCCCUGUAGCAUAUCGAGAAUUACCAGAAUACAAAGAACUACUUCAACUAAAAAAGCUGAAGAAGCAGAAGUUGCAACAAAUGCAUGCAGAAAGUGGCUUUGUACAGCACAUAGGCUUCAAGUGUGUUAACUGUGGAAUUGAUCCUAUUCAAGGCAUUCGAUGGCACUGUCAAGAUUGCCCUCAAGAAAUGUCUUUGGAUUUCUGUGAUUCUUGUUCUGACUGUCUACAUGAAACAGACAUUCACAAGGAAAAUCAUCGAUUGGAGCCUAUAUACAGAGCAGAGAUGUUCUUAGAUAGAGACUACUGCCUGUCCCAAGGCCCCAGUUAUAAUUACCUUGACCCCAACUACUUUCCUGCAAAUAGAUGACAUGGAAAGCAAUUCUGCAACCUGCAGUUUAGUAUACUCUUUGAAAACCCAGCAGUGGCGCUGUCAUUGAUUCUGUGCCCUCCUUGGAAAGAUAGUUACUUUCCCAGGAAUGUCAUCCACAACAUGAGAGCUUCUCUGGUGCCCUCAUCAAAUACAGCUCUCUGACCUGUCAUGAAUUAGAUCACCAAACAGAGGUUGAACAUUCCUAGUGUGCAGGAGGCUUUACUGGGGAGAUUUUCUUUUCACCAUAUUAGUCAUUUCUUGUAGAUGGUGAAUCAGAGAGGAUGUACAGAGGUGUGACCAGAAAUGAAAGCACACAAUUUCAAAGGCGUUACAGAACUUGGCUAUUAUGAGAUGCAGAGGUGAUGAAGUACUUAUAUUAAAACGGUUGAGUAGUUUGCAGUUUUGUUGUGAAAAUAGUUUUCAGCACAGAAACUGACUUCUUUAAGCAAAGUUUUAACCUAUGACAGUGUUUGUUUCUAGAACAUACUCUUAACAAUCACUGUCCUAUGAGGGCCGGUAAAAGGCUUUGGAGCUGCUUAAUCAUAUUGACAUUUACCUUGUUUACCCCUCUUUACCACAACAAACUAGCACUACAGGAAGCAACUGUGGCAUUGCUUCCUUAACCAGCUCAUGGUGUGUGAAUAUAUUAAAAUUGUCACGCAGAUAUAUUUUUAAAUGUAAUGUUAUAUAAGAUAACCAUGUGAUGUGUACAAAAAUAUGGUGAAAAGUGCCAGUGGUAGUAACUGUGUAAAGUCUCUAAUACCCAACAUUAACUCUUAUAAAGCAAAAUACACAGCCUUCUGCCUCUGUAUUUGGAGUUGUUUUUACAACUCAUCAAAGAAAACUGCCUAAUAUAAAUCAUAUAUGGUAAUAAUUUCCUCUUUUGUAGUAUGCACAAGAUCCAUGAAAGAUUGUAUUUUUAUUACUAUUUAAACAAGUGAUUAAAUUUAGCCUGAGCAGUGAGCAAGGGUUCACAUGCAUUCUUUUAUACUGCUGGAUUUUGUUGUGCAUCAUUUAAAACAUUUUGUAUGUUUCUUCUUCUGUGUAUACAGUAUGUUCUUAAAUAAUGUUCAAUUGUCAGGAGAACUGUGAGAAAUAAACUAUGUGGAUGCAGUCUGUUUAUAUAUGGAAUGCUUACUGUGACUUCUUUCUGAGGAGUUUCGACUAUCUGAACCAACAUUAAAAAUUGAGAAUACCAUUUAGUUCAUAGACUGAAAGGUUGCUUGAUCCUGUUAAGGGCCUCUGUGUGUUUUAGUAGUCUCUGCCCAACUGUUUUACUCAGCCUCUUCCAGGAUAAUGCUCUCAACACUCUGGUUCUAACACAUACACCCAGUUCAGAACUCUGCGUGCUCCAGUUUGCAGAUGGACCUCUUGUGUGCAUGCUACUCUAUUCAUUUCAGUGGAGGAAGCAACUGCUCAGACAGAAUACUUACACAAAGCCUCUUCCUCCUUUGAAAUGAAUGGGGCAGCACUUGUGGAGGCAUGUGCUUAAGAAACUACUGGAUUAGAGAAACUACAUGGAAGAAGAUAGCCAGGAAAGAAGUAAUACUUCCAUGUUCAUGACCUUGAUGCAUGCUUCCUUGUAUUCUUUCUAAAUCCUCCCCCACUCCCCCAUUUACAGAAUAAAGGAGAAAGGCAUUUGGUAUGCUUUAUUAGCCUAACAAUAGCAAUGAGUGAAAAGGCUUUGUAAUAUUUGCUAUAUAUUUUAGCUAAUAUAUCAUUUUGACAUGUAUAACAUGUGAUUCAGAAAUGCUGAUUAUUUUAACUGUAAUAGAUUUCCACUUGCUUAAACAAAAACUUGAAUUUUCAGAGUGACUUAGAAUACAUGUUUAACUUAAAAUAUGGCAGUAAGUAACUAACGAAGAAUUGGCUGGUGCAUUUAAUAGCAUUAAUUUCCGUUUAAUCACAGUGUUAAUUUUCACAGUGUUUGUUUAGGUGUAAUCACUUUUUGUUAGAGGAGUUUAAGCAUUUUUAAUAUAUUGGGUAGAUGAUGCAAUACCGUUUCUAAAUGACUGAGCAGUAUAUUACAUCGUCUGUAAGCAUAUCUCAUUCUUUGAGACGUUUAAUAAACCAAAAUAUAUAUAAUGUAAAAGAAUA